AGAUCAAGAAUGGAGGUGUGUGAAAAAUGCAAUGUUGAUGCAGAGACUGAAUAGACACAAAUCCAGGAGAAGAAACGGGGUCAUUGGCGGAAAAAGGAGGCCACUGUUAGUCACAUCAUCGACUCUCGCCCCCCGGUGACUCCCAUGUCUCUCGUCGGGGUGGGUGUAACCCAAAAUAUCCGUCAUCCUACAAUGGGCUGUGGGAGAUCGGCUCGACUCGGAGAAUCCUCUUGCAGCUGUUCAGGGAGCCGAAGAUAGGACCAAGACAUCGGACCGAGUCAAUGACGGUGGCCUGCCCGCUUUUGUCCUGCGCUUCUCGGCCCCGGUGUCUGGCAGUCUGCCGCGCACAGUGCGUAAAUGCGGUCGGAGUAGAGAAGACAGGCCCCGGAGGAGCACUUUAAAUGUUGAAAUUCAGACUCAUCGUGGCAGUGAACCGAUUUCUUCAUAGUUCCGCUGAGCGGAUGGAGUGAAUUGUGCAAAAGAGGAGAGAGACAGACCGCAGUUCGGUGGCGUGUGAUGAUAGGAGACACAAUGACGCUCUUGUCUCUUCUGGGUCGGAUCAUGCGUUAUUUUCUCCUCAGGCCGGAGACGUUGUUUCUGUUGUGCAUCAGUCUGGCGCUGUGGAGUUAUUUCUUCCACACCGACGAGGUGAAAACCAUCGUCAAGUCCAGCCGGGACGCCGUGAAGAUGGUGAAGGGGAAAGUAGCGGAGAUGAUGCAGAAUGACCGGCUGGGAGGCCUCAGUGUCCUGGACGCAGAGUUCUCCAAAACCUGGGAGUUCAAGAACAACAAUGUAGCCGUGUACUCCAUACAGGGGAGGAGAGAUCACAUGGAGGACCGCUUUGAGGUGCUCACCGACCUCACCAACAAGAGCCACCCGUCCAUAUUCGGGAUAUUUGACGGUCACGGUGGAGAGGCUGCAGCUGACUAUGUGAAGGCCCACCUGCCAGACUCCCUGAAGCAGCAGCUGCAGGCCUUUGAGAGAGAGAAGAGAGAGAGCGCUCUCUCUUACAGCAGCAUUCUCGAGCAGCGCAUCCUGACCGUGGAUCGUGAGAUGCUGGAUAAGUUGUCUGCCAACCACGAUGAAGCAGGAACGACAUGUUUAAUAGCGCUGCUGUCAGACAGAGAACUCACAGUGGCAAACGUCGGAGACUCUCGUGGCGUGCUGUGUGACAAAGAUGGGAAUGCUGUUGCACUAUCACAUGACCACAAGCCGUAUCAGCUCAAAGAGCGCAAGAGGAUCAAGAGGGCAGGUGGUUUCAUCAGUUUUAAUGGAUCCUGGAGAGUCCAGGGAAUCCUGGCAAUGUCCCGCUCUCUGGGGGACUACCCACUGAAAAACCUCAACGUAGUCAUCCCCGACCCCGACAUCAUGACGUUUGACAUGGACAAGCUGCAGCCAGAGUUCAUGAUCCUGGCAUCAGAUGGCUUGUGGGACGCUUUCAGCAACGAGGAGGCCGUUCGGUUCGUCCGCGAGCGUCUGGACGAGCCUCACUUUGGCGCCAAGAGCAUCGUCCUCCAGUCUUUCUACCGCGGCUGUCCCGACAACAUCACCGUCAUGGUGGUGAAGUUCAAAAGUGGAGCCGGGGGGAGCAGCAAGGCGGGGGAGUAGGUCAGGGUAAAGUUUAGAGCUGAAUUGUGAUCAAUGUUGAAAUGAUUUUCCACAUCUUGUGGACGGAGCAGGGAGUGUGAUCACAGUGUAGGAAGUUUAAGUUUGGACACUGAGAACUGUACAAGUACACACACACACACACACACACACACACACAAAAACAAGUUUUGUUUGUAGGUUUCUGAUUGAGAUAAGGGCAUUUAAACACAACACAGAUUUCAUAACCAUCAGCCAACUUCAUGAUGAACACAUAAAACUACUAAACACACACAGACAACAGACAGGGGAUUUUUUUCUUAACCAGCACACAUCAGACUGUGAUUGAUUUAACUACUGUUUACUGUACACGCACACGAAUGGUACAGCUCCACUGGAGGCUUCUUCAGAGGAGGCUUCAACUAGUGCCUAUCCAAGAUUAACUGUGCAAACACAGGAAGCUACUGAAAAUGGAUGUGCAAAAACAAAAACACCACCCUGCUUGCUGCAUUUUGAUGAUGCUCUCCAGUAAUGUUCUCGUCUGUUAAAUGUUUGACCCGGAAAAUGUCGUCAAAUAUAAAAAGACUCCAGUGGAUCCAUACCUUGAACUGAUGCCGCACCCAAAAUCUACCCUUUGAGUAUCAAACACUCAUCACCUGUAGAGUUGAGAGGUAGAUGUUCAUCAUUUGUAGUUUGUCACAGUAGAAAAAAGUAGCAUAAAUAUUGUUGAACAGCAGGAGCUCUGAUUGGCAGGUUGCAGUGUGUUGGCAGGACUCUGGUCAAUCACAGCUCUUACUACUAUUGUGUGGGUUUAGUUUCAUAUCAUUUUUAUAUAAAAGAGAGCUGUCUUUAAAGGAAUUCUUCACCCCUAAAUGAUCACUUUAAUCAGAAGAGAGAAGGUCUUUGGCGCUUAGACACCAGAGGGAGAUUAUUUGUGAUCGUGGGACAUCUGAGCGGCAGCAAGAUGAAUCCACCCCUGGAGUCUAGACACUGGUGGAGGUGGUGGUGGCUGAUGACUUUGACUGCUGAGGCGAAUAGAGGCUGCAUCUGAGAAGACUAGGUGGUGAUGGGGAGGUGGAGGGUAUGCACAGCAGCAGCAUUAAAGGACUGCGAGCAGAAAAAGAACCAUAUAUAAAAUGAGGAGCAGUGAGAUGAUGGCUGAUGGAGAAGGUGUGUAGAACAGCUGAUGAUUCGAUUGACAGCCCUGAACACUGACAGCCAGAGAUAGAGCGUGAGCAUGCGUGCAAGGAGUGAGUAGCAGGGAGAGUUACAGCCUAAGCAUGAUAAAGUAUCGUCUUCCUGACUGAACUUUCACCAGAGCUUCAUUUGUAUAUCAGUUACACACCCUGUGUUACCUUGAAUUCAUAAAGCAAACUUUGUCUUCCUUGCAUGUCUGCAUGAUAGGUGAAGAAUCCAAAAACGGAGAAAAUUCUUGAUUGCUUGGAGUAAAAAGGGGGCUGCAUUUAACAACAGCAAAACUAUAUCAAAACAUCAGUUUACAAACUCUGACAAAACUCCAGUCUUAUGCUCAGCACUUCCUAAACACAUGCAUUCUUAUUAAAACCUUAUGAUUUAAAAUGCUUUGGCGUAAACAGUCUUCUGCCCGGAUUAUUAAUGCACUUGGGUAUUUGAAAUCCUGUCCCCCAGUUCAUUCACUGACCAGGAGUUCUGCCUUCACUCACCUGUGCCCGGUGCGUUACAGCGAGUGGACUAGCUGGGAGGCCGUAUUUCAAGCAGAGUUCAAACACAGACAGUUGCCCAGAUGCACUAUUCAUACAUGCAUGAGACUGUUUACGCAGAGGUGUUUUAAAUUGUAAGGUUUUAGCAAAAAUGCAUGUGUUCAGGAAGUACUAAGAAUACGACUGGAUAGAUAAAACUUGGAUUAUACGGCACAAAUUGUGUGAAAGUUUGCAAACAGAUAUUUGGAUUCAGUUUUGCUGUAAUUAAAUGUGGCCCGCGUUAACUUGAAUUGAUCAAGGAUUUUCUCCUGUUUUGGAUUCUUCGUUCAUUGUGGAGGCAUGCCAGAAAACAAAGUUUGCUUCAUGAAUUCAAGUUGCACAUUAAUUAAUAUACAAAUGAUCAUUUUGGGGGUGAAGUAUUCCAUUAAAUUAAAGAGACCGCAAAAUGUAAACUAAAUAUUGUGGGAUGGAAUAUGAAAGGUAGACACAUAAGUAAUUGGAUUGGAUUUUUUUGAAAGUAAUGUGAUUCCAUUUUAAAAUGUAUGUACUGAUCAUGUAAAGAUUACAUUAGGAAAAAGAAUUAGUAAUGUAGAUAUUAAUGUAGAUUUAACUAAACGACUUAUAAUAACAUUUUAAGGUUAGUGAUACUCAGACGAUAGGUUUUGGGUACAGCAUUACAUUAACAUACAACACAUGCACACAUACACACAAACAGUUAUGUAAAAAAAAAAAUGCACUUUGAGAUGUUUAUUUUUUGGAAUGGUAAAUUCUGACAUAUCAGCCAAUGUAAACACUGUAUAUCCACAGUAGUACAAGAGGGGUCAAUAUACAGUAUGUAGAGCCUGAUUUAGUUCCUGACCUUCACCUCUUGGUACUGCAAUUUCGUGGAGCUAAUGUAAACUGUUAUGUCAAAGUUGUUUUACACCAUCUGUAUUGGGGCAUGUGCUUUGUCUUACCCAUGCUCGUGAACAAAGUACAUACAGUAUGUAUCCAUGGACGCUGGUGGCUGCCUUUGACCUGGGAAGCGCACGAAACAAGAGGUGCAACAGACUCUGCUGCCGUGAGAGCCCGGCUAAAAGAUGACACAUGGUGAACUGUACAGAAGGAAUGCUAGUAGCUAGUAAUAUGAUAUGCUCCUGAAGCAAUACAACCGAUGACUUCAACAGCAGCAACCUGUCAAGGAAGGUUACAGUAAACCAUACUUGAUUUA